ACAUAAGCCUACUAUAUUAGAGUACUAUCCGCUUUCUAGCAGCUUGGGCGACCAAUUUUACGAAUUACCUUCGUCUGUUCGAGGCCACCAUCCCAUAUACCGGGUAUAGGAUAAACAUGGCAGGUGAAGGUACAGGUGGGCAGGUGAUGGGGGACUCCCCUCCUCGUCUCAGCCGAUUUCUGGCAGCAGUCUUUUAUGGAGUAUCUUCAAUUAUGAUAGUAUUCAUCAAUAAAUCGGUCCUGACAACAUACAAAUUUCCUUCGUUUCAAAUGGUUGGCUUAGGCCAGAUGCUGUCAACAAUUGUCAUUCUGUUAUUAGGUAAAAGUUUGGGUAUCAUUCACUUCCCUGACUGGAACUGGCAGAUCCCAAGAAAGAUAUGGCCGUUACCUCUCAUCUACAUCUUGAAUCUUGUGUUUGGUUUAGGAAGCACAAAACGUCUCAACCUUCCCAUGUUCACAGUUCUCAGGAGAUUCUCUAUAUUAUUCACUAUGAUUGCAGAAUUUUUAAUUUUGGGAGUACGAGCAUCAUCAAGAGUGCAAGUAGUUGUUGUCUCUAUGAUAAUUGGAGCGAUCAUUGCAGCAAGCGAUGACUUGGCCUUCGAUGCUUUAGGGUAUUUUUUUAUUCUAACCAACGAUGUCUUCACAGCAGCUAAUGGCGUGGUCAUGAAGAAGAAACUCAAUUCUAAGGAGCUGGGAAAGUAUGGUAUCCUCUACUACAAUGCAGUCUUUAUGAUUCUUCCGACCCUGGCCGUCUCUUACUUCACCGGUGAUCUAGACAAGGCUAUGGAGUUUCAACACUGGAAUGACAAUACAUUUGCAUUACUAUUCUUCCUCUCGUGUGUCAUGGGAUUUGUAUUGAUGUAUUCCAUUGUGUUAUGUACUGGUCUCAACUCAGCAUUAACUACAACCAUUGUGGGAUGUCUAAAGAACUUGUGUGUGACGUAUGCAGGGAUGUUUAUAGGAGGGGACUAUAUAUUCAGCUGGACAAACUUCAUAGGUCUCAACAUCAGUGUGCUUGGAAGUAUAGUGUACUCAUAUAUCACUUUCAUCGAGAAGCAACCUCCAGCUAAACUGGACCAGACAGCCCAGAAUGGAAAUGUUGAGAGUGGGGUGGCUAAAAUGUGAUCCAGACUGGGCCAGACCAUCUUUAGACCUUGUCUGUCGGUGAUUGUAUAGAUUUACAGCACUAGCAAGGAAUAGUUGAAGCAGGACCAGCCAUACUGUGAUCCUGGCUGGACUAGUCCAUCUUUAGAUCUUGGUUAUCGGUAAAUGUAUGGACUUACAGCACGAGCAUGGAAUAGUUGAAGCAGGGCCAGCCAUUCUAGACCUUGUUUACCAAGACCAAGUGAGAAUGACCAGUCCACCUUUGCAUCUAGUCUAUCAGGAGAUACAUGGAUGUACAAUCCAGCAGGACCAACUAUUCUAGACCUGGUACAUUUAGGCCAUACUUCUAGUCCACUUUAGAUUUAGUCUAUUUAUGGAAGAAUGGACCUACAGCAUUUUCUUCGAGGAAUAUACCGGUUUUGUCAGUGAUGAAAUGUAGGGAUUGGUUUUUGAAAAGCCGCUUGCUGGAUUCCUGCAAGAAAGACAGCAGCUCUGACGUUUGAUGGAUUUUCAAGAAGAAUUUUUAUGUGGGUUGUUAGUUUCUUGCAAGCUUUUCAAUCAAUAUGCAAUUUUUAAUGAAAGGUUUUUCAGUGUAUGUAUAUAAGAUAUGGCUGAAAAGGUGAAAGAUUUAUUUAAUGUUUAUAAUAUGUGGGUGUGCAAGUGUACAUAGCCUUUGUAUAUCAUGUGAAUUAUAGUAAAUGAAUUAUAGACCUUAUGCAUGUGGUGACAUCAUAAUCUCAUAGCGCCCUCCCUCAGAGGAUAUAGGAAUACAUGUAAAAGGAGUUGUCAGAGAUGCGCCAGCUGCAGAUCACCAAAGCAUGCAAGUCAAUGGCUUAAGUUUAGCCUUGAAGAUGUUGGCAGGAUGACGUCUUUGCAUAAUGUCUAUUAUCAUAAUUUAUUCAGAUGAGACUAAUUCAGAUUUUCUAUACUGCAACUAUUUUUCUACAGUGGAAUUUUGUAUUUACGUUGAAUAGUGCAUAUGUUUGUCUAUUAGAAUCUCUUUAGGUGAAAUUACCGGUAGUAAUAAUGUGGUAUGGAAAUUAUUUCACUUAUCAAUUUUGCAAAGAAAUUAAGUGAGUCUAAAGAAAUAAUGAAUCUUAUUUUAUUUCAAGGAUGUGAAGAAUUCUAUACUAUUUUCAUCCAUGUAAUUAAUACCAGUAAAUGAACUAUACUGUAGUAAGUGAUGUUAUUUUUAUCCAUUUUAUAGGCUGAAAUACUUGUGCUAGCAGUGGGUGUAUAUUUUAGCAAUAGAACUCUUAACUUCCUACUUUCCAAGUGCAACUUGUUUUUUUUUUAUUGUAUGUAAUGAACAUGUCAUAUGCUUUUAAACGUUACCUCUUCACUUUCAACUUGAUUAUUUUUUUGUAUCAAUUUUGUUGGUGUCAUAGUAUUGUUUUCUGAUUUACACAAGUCCACAACUACUCCACACAGACAAUAGUUCCAUGAACAAAGAUUAAAAAGAGAACAGUAAACGCAAUGAAAUAGGAUAUUAUUUUGCAUUAAAGAUGUCAAAAUUGAUUUCUCAUUCGCUUUACUCUUUAAAAAUUUUGCCCCAUACCCCACGUUUGGUCCCCUAAAAUUGUUGGCUCAUUACGCUACUGAAUCGCACCAAAUCUGUUACAUAUUCACCCUGAUAUGUUAAAACUGCCCUGUUUCAGGUAAAAGGUGGGUAAUAUUUGCUAUUGCCCUUACUGGAGUGUAUUAUUUAUAUGCAUUAAGUAAAAUUACCAUAUUUUUGCAUAUAAUCUUCAAUAGUUUGUGUAGCAAUAUCAGAUGAUUUGUUUGUUCAGAUUACUCUCCAAUUGAAUUUGUUUAUUAUUAUGUGACUAUGUAACAAACAGGGUAGCUAUUGAAUGUGGAGGAGAGAAAAUGAUGAUUCUUAAGGUGCCAAAUAAUUUCAAACAGAUGUUUUAAUUUGUUAAGAGUUCAUGACAAUGAUGUGUGCCAUGGAAUAUCAAUUAUGGGAUAUCAGGAUUAGCAAGAGGUAGAUCGAUGUAUUCAUUUGGUAUUAGGUAUAUAGAGGGUUUAGUUUUCUAUUCAUAUGUAUAAAGUCAUGAAUUUUGGAUUCCGUAAUUAAAAAAACACUUAUCCCAAACAUGUAAAGGUAUUGUUGUUAUAAUGUAUGGUUGACAAUCUUAAGAAAGAUACCGGUACUUCAAUUGAUAUAUUUUUUUUUAUCAAAUUGAUUUCUUUUAAAGAAACUGCCAUUUUUCUGAGUAAUGUCAUUAACAAAUUAUAUACACUGUAUGAAUCAUAUACAUGUAUUAACCCUUGCAACGAACUGAGCUUGAAAACACUUUUCGUUUUAAUAAUCAAGAAAAGUGCAUUAAUGUAUUUACUCAGGGUGUGGUUUGUAGUUCAGUUAUUUAAAUAGAUUUUGUUUUUACUGUUUGGAAAAGGUUUUUGGAUGAUUCAAUCAACCCCAAUUAAAUAGAAGCCAAUAACACCA